CUAACGUCGUUAAAACGCUUCUCGGGUCGUUCGUGAACCUCCAUUCCGCCACCUUUCGCUCCGUUGACUUUGACGGACUUCCGUACCACUGCUUCGCCACCAUCUCCUCUAUCCGAAGCAUUACCCUAGCAGGGGUCACGUUUUUAGACAUUGCGCACUUCAACACUUCCUUAUCCUAUCUGACCUCAUUGAAGAAGAUGAAGGUCUACGCUAUUAGGUUCGUAGGACAGGCCAUGCCGAAUUCGAACGGCACUAUCAGGCGUCCCCGUGUCCAAGACCUGAAGCUGCCUUGCAAUCUACAUGAUGGCCCGGUUCUAGAAGCAUUCGCUAAUGGGGAUUUAAUAUCCUUGGAAAGCUUGCGUAUUCUAUCAACCGUGUUUUGUCCGCAAAAUAUUUCACAUCUUGAAAGGCUGAUCCAAACACCAUCCCUUCAAGUCUUACGGGUCACCGGUCUCCAGCCUGGAGAUUUAGGGUUGCGUGAUCCUCUGUCUCUGGGCGAUAUCCAUACCUUUGUGCUACAAAUCAACUGGUACCCAGACGAUUCUCAUCUCUCUGUAGUGCGAUGGUGGACUAGAUGUUUGGCGAUAAGCCACUCCUUGCAAAAAGUCACCAUCUUGUAUGACACUCGUCCUCCAUUCAGUAAUCCGCACACCCCGGAUACCAAUGAUGAAGACUCUGCAAGGCUCGCUUGGAUGAACUUGGAUAGAGUAUUCUCGGAAAAGACUCCCUUCACCUUGCGGGGCUUUCGUAUGAUGCUUUGCACCAAUCUUUUCAGAAAAGAAGACAGGUUAGAACUGAAAGAGGGUAUGGAGGAGAUGUUCCCGGGUAUACAAGCACGGUGCAAGCUCCGGGUGGAUGUGGUCAAAGACUUUCGUUCCGUAAUCCCUCGGUGAUUGCCCCUACGAUCCAGGACAUGAACCUUC